AUGGUGAACGAAAAAGACGAUAGUGUGACAAUCAUUCCCUCCAAUUCUCAUGCCAACGGUAGUCGAACGAAAAGUUUUACUGACGUUCAUUUUAGUCGGCAUAAACCGCAUAUAAGUGUUUCAGAAAUAAUUCGUAAUCAACGUCUCUUAUCAGUAAUUGAUCCAAUGAGUGAUCGCGUUAGUACCAUUCUUGUCUGGAAAAAUCUGACCGUUUCAGCAAGAGAUAUGAAUGAUAAUAGAAGUCGCAUUCUUCAUUGGAACCAUAAACCGAAAAUAAAAUAUCUCCUGUCAAAUAUUAGUGGAGCUGUAACUGGCGGACUAUGGGCUGUAAUGGGUCCUUCUGGUUCGGGAAAAUCGACUUUAUUGAAUACUCUGGCAUGUCGUCUUGAUGUGUCCACAAAUGUCUCGGGUGAAAUGCAUUUAAAUGGUGCACCGUACAAUAAUGCUGAACUGAAACGGAUUGCAGGUUACGUAAUGAAAGACGAUUUACUCAAUGGUUUCUUGACGGUCGAAGAAACUCUUACAUACACUGCACGAUUUCGUUUGCAUAAAGAUUCCACCGAAGAGGAACGAAAACAACGUGUAAAAGAAGUUAUGGCCGAUAUGGGUCUGUCACAUGUGCACAAUGUUAUCAUUGGUACAUCGGAAAAAAAGGGCAUCUCUGGUGGAGAACGGAAAAGAGUUUCUGUUGGCAUGGAACUACUAUCGCGGCCUCAGUUACUGUUUCUGGAUGAACCGGUAAGUAAUAUGUUUACUCGAAAAAGUUAA